AUGCUCUUCCUAGCAUACGUGCUGGCCCUAGUGUCAUGGGUGCUAGGAACGUUUUGUGGAUUCACAGAUGACCAGCUGGUGCCCAUUGUUCCGUUUGUAUGGCCAGAAAACCAGCCUUUGGAGGAUACGGUUAGGAAUCUUGAAAAUUAUCUCGAGAAGCAUGUCUCAAUUGCUCAGGACAGCUUAACUCCUUUGGAGGUCCACAUCGACAAAACGGCCCGCUGCCAGCAAAGAUCCCUGGAAAAUGCUACUUUCUUGGUUCUUUGUCGAAAUGACGAAUUAUACGCUUUGCUAGAGACGGUGCAGAGUAUCAAUGAUAGGUACAACUAUCAGUUCUGCCACGAUUGGGUGUUUCUCAAUGAUGAACCUUUUGAUGAGUUUUUCAUGAUUGGGGUAGCUCUGGCUCUCUCUGGUGGUAAUAUCAGUUUUGGCCAGGUUCCAAGCGACCAGUGGGGCUCUCCUCCAUGGAUAGACCAUGAUGUGGUUGCAAAAAACGAACAAGCCUUGCUUGCCAAAAACGUCUACAAGGCUGAUAAUACAAGCUACAAGAACAUGUGCCGGUACUUUCUGGGCUUUUUUUAUAAGCAUCCGCUUUUGAGUCCGUACAAGUACUACUGGCGGUUGGAGCCUGGUGUCAGGUACUAUUGUGAUAUCAAGUACGAUGUAUUCAAGUUCAUGCGAGAAGGAGAUAAGAAGUAUGGUUUCACCAUCUCCCUCUUUGAAUACAGUGAUACAAUCACGUCGCUUUGGAAGAUCAGCAAACAAUACUUUUCCAAGGUUACCCUUCCAGACAACAAUAUGGUAGGCUUUGUUGAAAACGCGGAUGGAACUUACAACUUGUGCCAUUUCUGGCUGAACUUUGAAAUCGCUGAUUUAGACUUCUUCCGAUCUUCACAAUAUCAGAGCUACUUUGACCAUCUAGAUCAAUUGGGUGGUUUCUUCUACGAACGUUGGGGCGAUGCCCCGAUCCAUACCCUUGCUGCCACGCAUCUUCUUAAAAAAGAUGAAAUUUGGUGGUUCCAAGACAUUGGAUACUUGCAUUCACCGUUUCUACAAUGUCCACAAGGCAAAGCUUAUUUGGAUCAGAACUGUGCUUGUAAUCCUGAUGCAGACUUUACGAAUAGCGACCUCAGCUGUGUGCCAUUCUUCCGUGAAGUCCAGAACACAUAA